GCUUGGCCGGAGAGCGAUAAUUUGUUUUGACCGCUCGCUGGCGCGCGCUCCCGUGGGAGAUGUCCUCAGGCUUGUUCCUGGCGCAAAGGCGGGAUUCCUCUGCCUUCGCUGCCAGGUGCGCCGCGGGGACCCGCGCGCUGUGACGUGAGCGGGGAGGGCGGGGCCUCCGCUCGAGCCCCUGGCCGAGGGAGCGUGAGGUCAGGCGUCCUGAGGGAGCCCCUUUGGCGAGAAGGGGCGCGAAGGCGGGAUUAAGCCGCAGAGGCGGCGGCGAGGCAGCCGCUCGGAGCAUGGCAGAAAGGGAGCCGCGGGCGCUGGCUGACCCAGAACGCGGCAGGUGGACGAGACCUCCGAGGAGACGCCGCCGCUGCUGACGAGAACUUGGGCGAAGCGGGAAGCGGCGAGCCAGAGCAGCCUCGGCGACGGGCAACGGAGUGCCGCGGAGAGGAUGGCGCUGGAAAGCAGCAGCAGCAGCGCGCACUGGAUGGGCUCCCUGCCGUCCGCCCUCAGCGCCCUACCUCUGGCCAAUCUGGCCAUCCCAGGGUCACAUGAUUCCUUCAGCUACUGGGUUGAUGAGAAAUCUCCCGUGGGACCAGAUCAAGCCACAGCGAUCAAGCGGUUGGCUAAAAUCUCUUUGGUGAGGAAGGUAAUGAAGAAAUGGUCAGUGACACAAAACCUAACAUUCAAGGAGCAGCUUGAAGGUGGAAUCCGCUACUUUGACCUCCGUGUAUCUUCCAAACCAGGCGAAGCAGGUCAAGAAAUCUACUUCAUACAUGGUUUGUUUGGAAUCAAAGUAUGGGAUGGGCUGAUGGAGAUCAACACCUUCCUAGAACACCACCCUAAGGAAGUGAUCUUCCUGGAUUUCAACCAUUUCUACGCUAUGGAUAACAAUCACCAUGCAUACCUGAUCAGCAGGAUCCAAGAGGUUUUUGGAUCAAGACUCUGCCCAAAGGAGUGUGUGGAAAACGUGACAUUACAAAACCUCUGGGAAAAGCAACAGCAGGUUCUCAUUUUCUACCAUCAUUGUUUCUAUGAACAACAUCCCUUUCUGUGGCCCGGGAAUAAAAUCCCAGCACCAUGGGCAAAUACGACCAACGUACAUAAACUGCUGCAGUUCUUGGACACUACUCGUGGGGAACGAGCAAAACAAGGAACUUUUCAUGUUUCUCAAGCUAUUCUUACACCAAGGGUCAAAACCAUUGCACGGAAUCUCAUCCGUGGCCUGAAAAACACACUUGUUCACAAGAACCUCCCUUCAAUUCUGGACUGGGUGAAGCUGCAGAAACCAGGCGUCAUGGGCGUUAACAUAAUUACAUCAGAUUUUGUGGAGCUAGUUGACUUUGCAGCUACCGUAAUUGCAUUGAAUGAGCUUCUCCUAGAAGACAAUGAAUCCUGACAACGGAAGAAGUUUUAAUGUGGGAACGUUGUCCAGUCAUAUCAAGAACUUUCUUUCAAGCUCUCUCUCCAUCUGUCGGUUUUGCUGUUUCACACAAUGCCAAGGCACAAGGCCACGUGUUGAUUGGACUGCACAGUCCUCAGCAGCACGGCUUCCUUCGUCCCUGUGCUGCAUGUAUGGCUGCUCUGCCUACAUCUGCUGAAAUACAGAAUAUGUGCCGGCUGGACACUUCAACAUCUGUAAAUCAUUAGCAGGAGCCUCUCUCUAGACUUGUUGAGUGUGUGCAUCCUGCAUGUUAUGAAACCCAGGAGCCCAACUCUAAAGAUAAUUAUUGAACUCUAAGUACACAUUUACCAGACUAGCCAAAAGAUUUUGUUCUUGGCGACAAAAGUCAGGCAUGUGCCCUGCUUUCUUCCUUUCAACUGUACUGUAUAUUAAACUACCUCAGUCACUAAAAUACAAAGCACAAACAG